AUGAUCUCAUUCAAGCACCCAAAUCCUUUCCGCCCCAACAGUCGUCCCACCUCACCAAAUUCACCCUCCCGUCUCGAACCUGCCAUGGUCCCAGAGAGGACAUCCCGACCUCUCACCAAGCUCUCUUUCAGUAGCUUCAAACGACCGUCCUCUUCGACGCCUAUCCCCUCCCCCCCUCCAACUCUACUUGUGCAAGACGGGUCUUACCUACAGGCCCUCAGUCUUAAGCUUAGUGAGGCGGUCUCAAAGGCAAUGAUGCAGCCCACCGGUCCAGCGCUUGUUGGCGAGUUGCUUGGAGGUAGACGUCCAAUUCCUGCUGGUCGUGGGCGAGCUCUUGGGCUCCUAAUUGCCUCUGAGCUCAAGGCAUGUCAAAAUAAUUCCCACUUGCACAAGGCUAUCCUUCGUUCACUUCACAGGCCAUUGUCUGUUCUACUCAGCAACCUCUCGGCACUGCUUCUUCCCCUCCUUUCCUCGCCAGCAUUCCUUUCCUUGCCUGCUCCUACUGUGCAGGCCCCCAAUCCCAAUACAACUCAGCUCCAUGCACUUGCAGCAGCUGGCUUUGCAGGAGAGCUUCUCGAAAGCUUCGAUGAAAUGAGUUUGGGCUUAGACAAUGAUGCGAGAGGAGACAAAUUGAAGGCGAUUCGUGAGGGCCUCGUCUCCCUCAUAGGACGUGUUGUGAACCCGCUCAUUGCGGGCAUCCAGUCUGAAUUGGUGCCUCUCCUGGAGUCUCUGGAGAAUCCUGUCGCUGUCGCUGUGCCUAAGACAGGUACCAAAGCUCCUGUUCACCCAUCAAUCAUAUCGCUACAGGCACUCAUGCCUGUGUACGCACGUGCAUUGGCGCGGUACACGACAACCCUUCCUUCCCAAACGACCUUGGCGACUUUCUUGAUCUCGAUCAUUUGGAGAACGCUCGUGGCUUUCGCUAAUCGACCUCGAGUGAAGCCUUCGCCGCCGACGUCACCGCUUGGUUCGCCACAGCUCAUCCCUUUAACCAAGAGGCAGCGUGCCAUUUCUGGUAAUACUCCUCCCCCUACACGGUUUACUCUUAAACUGCCUCCUUCACGACCAUCGUCUCCUCCCAACAUCUCGGUCACUCCGUCAGCGGCUGCUGAUGCACGUGCGCUCCUUGAGCUCAUGAUUCUCCUUCCACGUCCAUCUGCAGGGUGUGAUGCGACACGCGUGGCCCGUGAGGCUGUCGAUGAAGCGCUUUCUGAUUUAACAGCUCUGGUCACGUUGCUUGAAAACAUAGACAAUCCUCUAUUUAAUAUUGGCGAGUCAAGCGAGGCAAUUCUAGAGGGGCUUGAGAGGAUCACUGCCGAUCUACCAACUCUCAUCGCAUUGCCUGUGCUCCUGCGGGGUCACUCCAGAGUCACAACUGAGUCACCAUUCAUUCCAUCAAUCCCGUCUAUCAUCAAUGUCUCCGAAGGUGAAUAUAGAAAGAGCUGCCUAUCAGGUUUUGGACGAGCAGAACAAUGUGGCAACAUCAUCGGUCAUAAUGUGCUUGACUUCCUACACGUCCAAGGUGACUCACAGAGCCUUGUUGCGCAGUGGCUGGCAAACCGACUAGAUGUCGUUGACCAUUGA